AUGCAGGAAAAAAUGGUAACUAACGCCAAGCAGUUGGCGAAGAUCAGCCUCUCUGAAGCGGAAGGGAAUGUUGGAGACAUGCAGUCGCUUGGGGGCACUAUUCGUCAAUCCAGCGGCUGCCAAAGCGACUGCUGCAGCGGCGGCAGCCGCGGCAUUCGAGUGUUGCGUCGAAAGGCAGCUCGAGGCGGUGGUCACCGAGCUCGGGGUCGGAUUCCCGCCUCCGGCGGCCGUACCGGAGGCAGACAGGCCGGACAGGCCACCGGUACCAGAACCAGCGGGCAGGAAGGUAGCCAAUUGGCUGGUGACGGCUGGGUUGGACGAAGACAUACAGAUGGAACCUCCUGCUGCCCCACCCAGAAGGGACGGACCAUUGAGUACAUUCGCUGA